AUGGGGCGUCCCGAGCCAAAUGCCUCCACGAGUUCAUUCGAUGGCAAAAGAGAUAUCAAUGAACAGCAGAUCAGAGGACAAAUUACAACACAGGGAUUCAUGGCCACAUCGACGGGAGCAACCUGGGAUACAUUGGCAGACGCGGUCGUUGGAUACGUACAGGGAGGGUUCGAUUUACUCACAAUCAACACGAAAUUUCUACAAACCAAGUUUGGCCAUGGACCUGACUUGGCCAUCGGUACUUUCGAUCAUAAUUCUGAUAUCCAGGUGCCGUACCCGAACUUGACGCUUGAGAACGGCAUUGAGGAGCUGUCAAGAAAAGCCACCCUUAAACUGGCCACACCAACGAAACGGUUUUCUACUCCUCUGAACGCCUCUUCUACACCCACAACUCACACAAUCUCCCCAUCCUACGGUUGUGCCAGCCUCGUCGCCCUUCGUGGUGUCUCGAUGGGCUUCUGGGCUUGCACCCUCCAAGGCACAAUUGAUAAUGCAAUUGAUAAUGCUGCGUUCUCGACAAUAUUCAUGGUAAUGAGAAACCUGGAGUUGAGAGAUAUCGUGGGAAAUGAGGGGGAUAACGAUGUUCAUCAAGUUCCGGCUUCGCUGAAGCAGACGAGUCUUAGAUUAGGAAGGGUUUUGAGGAAAGGAUAAAUGGGGAUAGGAACGAGAAGGCUUUGAGGGAUGUUUUUUAUGUUGGAAGCAGCGAUUUUUAUUGUUGAG